GAACCUUUGUUUUGUACAGAAGAAUGGCUGCCAUCUUUAGUUUUCGAUGGAUGUUUUCCGAAGAGAUCGUGAAUUCUCAUAUUUAUUGUGGUAUUUAAUAACGUAAUAAAAUCUCGAAUAGUGAAAUAACGUUUUCCGCGAUGUAAAGAGUGUUUUUUCGUAUAUUAUUUAAGCUGCCCUGGUGUCAAUUCCACUAAAAAAUGCUUGUGUUUACAUCCAAGUUUAAAGUGAGCUUCUGUAUUCCUGUCAUAUUAAGCCUAUGGUUCAGAAUCCUCAAAUAGCGGAAUUGAAGAGCGUGGUAUCCCGUCAAGCUGCCGGGCGAGGAUAGCCAUUCGAUCUUAAUUUGCUCGAGUUUCCAAUUGGCGUGAUCGAAAGGCCUCCAAAACGUCGACCCCGUCGGUGAUCAAGUUAUCGGGGGGUGGAACAGGUGGGGGUGGGGAACAAUUGUCCCCAGGGUCUGACCCACCUCCCCCGGUAUCCCCAGCCGAGCAUACCGAUACUAACGAGAAUGAUGUCGCUACAUCGAAAUGCGUUGACAGCUUUCCACAGAGCGCUGAAACCACCAUGAGCUUUGUCCUGCAAUUGGGCACGGUAGAAACAUCCCUCGAAAAGAACUCUGAUACUUCGCCACCUUCGUCGAUGAAUCAGGAAACUUCAAACAUAACGGUUACUGGAAACGAUGAUACUGGCAAAUCUCAGAUUCUUCAAUGUUUAGAAAGCAGCGCCGAAAUUUCAGCCGGUCAUGUUAUCUCCUUCUCAACUGUAAAAUCAGUUAGCGUUACUUACCCGAUGGCGAAAGCCGUUAGAGAAGUGCAGAGAAUCACUGGUUCUCAAACAAAUACCACCCAGGUAUUGUCGACUCGCGUGAUCUCACAGAAAGUACCGUCGUCUAUCCAUCAGACUCAAUCCGCACCUUUAACACUAAACGCAUCUUCCAACGUUACCCAUAUCCCGGUAAACACUCAGUCUUUGCCAUCGCCAGGCAGCGGAAUGGCACAUGUAUAUCCUUUGCAGCACGCAGUGUCUACACAGAGCAAACAGCAAAGUAGAAAUCAAACAGUCACCUGUGAGAGUAAACAACAACAACAACAACAACAGACUACAAUAUCUAGUUUGCAAACUAGCAUGCCCUUGAAGGUUCAACCGGUAUCUUCGCAAUUAGUUGUAAGCAACAAUGCAGUUAGAGCCAUUACUACCGCUACUUCAUUGCCCAAUAUUCAAAGGAUACAUGUGAAGGCGCAAAAUAUCGUCGGACAGGCUCAGACAGUUAACUUGCAAAAAGUGAAAGCCGUGACUAAUGUCAGUCAAGGGGUAACCGUUCAAAGAAAUUCCGUACCCAGGAUACAAACCGUACAGAAGACUCAAGUGUCAACUGUUACAUCCCAAUCUACCCAGUUCGCUGUUAAUCAAGUCACGAACAAUGCCAAUGUACAGAGAGCUCAACAAGGCAAUCCGACGCUCCAAAAAGCACAAACGAAUACCUCGAGCACACAGAAAGUAGCGCAGAUCUAUAAUAACCAAAAGAUGUCAUCACAGAUGUUAAAUAGCCAUCCGAAUCAUAAAGCACAAUUACAACAAAUAACGAGUAAUCAACAGCAGGGAUUACAAAAAAUACAAGUUCAAUCACAGAAAACAGUAACUGUGCCAAGACAACAAUCAAACACUACAGGAGGAAAUAAUGUUCAAAAAUCUAACAACUCUGUAGCUGGCAUACAGAAAGUACAAGUAGUAGGACAAGUACAAUGUCAACAGCAAUUACCACAGGUCCAAAAACAUGUGCAACAGGUUCAACCAUCACAACAUCAAAGAUCACAAUCUACAGCAACCUUGCAAAAAUCUCAAACUGUAGCCACAGUCAAUUCUAAUAGAGUGCAAUCAAUCACCAAUGUUUGCAAAAGUAAUAGCGUUCCGAAUAUUACUAAAACAUCGCAAAAUGCCAAUUUAUUAACUGUGAACAAGCAACCAGUAAUCUCACAGCCGCAACAAUCGCAGCAAGUACAUAUCCAAAACUCGUCCCAAUUACAGCAACAGUUGUUACAACAAACUUCACAGCAACAAUCGCAGCAACAAAUGCAAAAACAGCCACAACAACAACAAACGAACACGAAUUUACAAACACAAAGAAGUCACAAUAUUACAAACGUCCAUCAAAAAGUUGCGACGAUUGCGACAAUUCCUAAUAACCAACGAACCCAAGUAGUAAAUUCUAAAAUACAACAGCAACAGAUGGUAAUGAGAGUAGGCGUACCAAAGAACCAAACACAAAAUUUACAAAGUAAUUUGAAAAACGUACCUCAAAAAAUUACGAAUACGGUUAAAAAUUCAAACUCACAGAAUGUCGUGCAACAAUCAUUGCACAGAAAUACGAAUGUGCAGCCAGUAAAAAUAAUCCAACAACAACAGAAUGUUAUAGGACCGCAGAAUGCUCAAAAACAACCUGGAUGUAUCAAAACAAUACCGCCACAAAAACCAGCUCAAAGGAAUCAUACACAGAAAGUAGCUGGUAUUAAGACCUCUUUAAAUACAAAUGUAGCUUCUGUAAAAAAUCAAGGAUCAACAACUGCAGUUGCACAAAAGGCAAGCAUCAAAACAUUGCUUCCUCAACAGACUGUUGCUACGAAUAUGUUGUUGCAUAAAAAUCAACCAAUUAAAAUUCAACAGCAAACGAUACAACAAAAACAGCUUAUCACAUCAUCGCAGUUUCCUCAGCAAAUUAGACAGCAAUCUGGACAAGUGAAGACAUUAUUACCAGUAACUAGUAUGGAUACUCGCAAGGAUAUAGAGAACAAAACCGAAUCUGAAUUGCGUGAAUCGAAAGAAGAUGAACGUCAACAACGUCCUACAACUCCAAUUAUAAGAAUACCCCCUCCUUACGAGUGUCUUCAGUACGUCCUACAGGAUCACAAUUAUGGAGCACCACCUCCACGAACACCAUCACCUCCGUCACCACCGUCUCAUCCAAAACAACCCAUCAAUGGUGGCGGAAAUUCGACUGCAACAUCUCAGCAUUCUUAUAUUUAUGGAAAAGUUGUUACUGGCACUAAUGUGGAUGAUGAUGCAGCCAGUGUUAUUAGUAGUGAAACAGGUAGAGAUGCUGAAUUAGAAGGUGAAGAAACAGAAACAGCUCCUGAAGGAGAAGGAGAUGAUGAAGAUAGUGUUACUAGAUGUAUAUGUGAUUUUGAACAUGAUGAUGGAUACAUGAUUUGCUGUGAUCGAUGUUUAGUAUGGCAACAUGUUGAUUGCAUGGGUAUAGAUCGUUCUAACAUUCCUGAUGAGUAUCUUUGUGAAAUUUGUCGACCACGACGUGUAGAUAGACAAAGAGCACGUGCUUUGCAAAUGCGUAAACGAGAAGAAUUGUUAAAUUCAGAUACAUCAUCCGAUACAUCAUCUACCAGUUCGGCAGAUACUGAUGUUGGUGUAAACACAAUUCCAAAAAAACGAACUAUACAACAGCAAAUUCCUCGACGAAAAUCCGAACCACCACAAGUAAGGCGACUGAAUAACAAUAAUAACAACAAUAAUAAUAAUGUCGCAAAAAGACAAAGAAGAGAUUCACAUCCAAGACAAUCUAGUACUGUUCGUAAGAAAGAAACUACAAAACGUGGUCCAGGAAAGCGUAAAGCAAAACGAAGAAUGAGUUUAGAAGAUAAAGAAGAAGAAGCUCAAGAUACAUGGAGUUCCAACGUCGCACCAUUAAGACAAUGGAUUGAACGUUACGAAGAAGCUGUAACAAAUCAUUAUAGUCCAGAAUUAAGAGCUAGGAUAUCAUCUAUUAAAGUGAAUGGCACACAUAGCGAUUUGAGACAAAAUAAUAUGAAUGUUAUUGCCACGGGAAAAUAUAGGCUCAAUGUUCACAGUAAUAAUGUUAGGUUUUUGGUGGCAACAAUGUAUCUUCCACCAAAUACACCUGUCGUUGAAUUACGUGGAAAGUAUAUGUUGAGUACACAACAUCGACCAUCCUAUCCUCAAGGAAGACAACAUACCCAGAGACCUGGACCUUUUGUAUUCUUUUAUCGAUUACCACGAGAUGGUACAGAAGUUUGUGUAGAUACCAGAACGUAUGGAAACGAUGCUAGAUUUGUGCGACGUAGUUGUAAACCUAAUGCGGAAGUGAAACACUGUAUAGAAAAGGGAACAUUACAUUUAUAUAUUGUGACCACAACCGCGAUUGAGAAAAAUGCUGAAAUUACAAUCAGACAUGAACAACACGAUCUCUUGUUAUCACCUAAUCCAAAUAGCUCUAUGAUGCCUAUUAUCUGUGCGUGUAAUAAUCCAAGAGAAUGCCAAAUAGUGUCUCUAAAUCAAUUGAACAGAAGAGGAAGUAACGGAGCAUUGGCUGAAAAUGCUGAUGGUCGAGAACGAAGACGAAGGGGUAGACGAAAUACAAUUUGUGAGGAUAGCGAUUCUUCGACUGUGAUGUCUAAUAGUACUAUUAUUGCACAACCUGCACCACCACCAACGACAGUAUCAUCAGUAUCUGCACCACCGAGAAGAACAGUUACAACAACUAUAGCGUCAAAUACAAUGCGUCAACUAUCUAAGGAGGAAUCGUUAACGGUAGUUCAACAGCCACAGACUUCUCCAAAUUUAAGUCAAUCUAUACCUUCGGAAAUUAAGAAAGACAAAAAGAAAAUGACCAGGGAAGAAAGAAAAAUGGAAGCCAUUAUGAAAGCUUUUGAAAGAUUGGAAAAAGCGGAACAAAGGAAGCAAGAAGUUCAAGCACGAAAUGCACAACGAAAGGAAUCUGGUGGUACGCAUAGUGAUAACGAAGAUAGUCAUAGUUUGACGAUGCAAUCUAAACAGAAACAACAAAAUUCUGAUAGACCUUUGAGACGGAAAAGAAAAAAAGGUAGAGCAAGAACUACUAGUACUUCUCAGUCACAAGGUACUAGCCGAAGAACAAGAUUGAAUUCUGCGGAUUCCGAUGAAUCGUCUGGAGAAGAAAGUAAUUCGAUGCAAUCACCACCUUUAUUGAGUCAAAAUCAUUCGCAAAAUCGAGAUACUCCUUAUUCUUCUUAUUUAAAUACGCCUGCCAAGAACACGAAUGAAAGUGUGACAACACCUGCUCAUCAGGGAAUUCCAACAGCUGCUGGUCUGCUCUUAGCUUUAGCAAAUUCUAAUGCACCUGGACCUAGUUCACCACCUCUACAGCAACCAACACCAGUUAAGAGUCCAACUUGCGAUAGCGGUGCAAGCAGCAGUUCUCAAAGUUCAACUCCAUCUACUCCUUUAUCUUCGGCUUGUUUGCUAGUCGCAGCAGCAGUUGGUCCUUUAGCUCCUGGCUUUAAAUUUCCAAAAACCAAAAAAGUUCUAAUGAAUGAAUGGUUGAAAGAGUCGCCAGAUCCAUCACAAAGCAAUAUAUCUCAAAUGUCACCAUUACCAGCAUUACCACCAGCUUCCACUUCGAAUUCGAUAAAUUCUCUUUGUAGAUCAGAUUUUUCUUUACCAACAGACACAUCCGCAGAGUUUUUAACACAGAGUUAUGCGGCUAAGAGUUUAGCAACUCUUGUGCAAGCAGCAAACUCCGUCUCUGGAAUUUGCGAUUCACCACCACAACGCAAACAGGCGAUUAGUGGCAAUACGGUAUGCCCUGUUUCCACAGGAUCUGCCAAAAAAAGAUGGUUACGUCAAGCUAUAUCCGAAGAAUGUGAUUCACCAAAUAGUCGACCAGACAGUCCGCCGACUAGUGAAAUGGUAGCUCCACCAAAGAAAAGAAGAAUAGCCAGAGAAAGUUUGUCAUCAGAUAAUUAUACUCCACCAACAACACCUACUAUGUUAGUUCCUGAAUCUACUCCGAAUAAUAGAUCUUUGUGUCCUAAUGAAGAUGAUUUUAUCGAACACUUACAGUCGUCAUUAAUUGAACAAAAUGAUGAACGUCAUAUGACAACAGAAUCUAUAAAACAGGAAGUUGUUUCACAUGUAAAUUCGGAUGAGACUGUACGGCAAAAACUUUCGAUAGAUAUUCCACAGGAUUUUCAAGUUAAAACUAUGAAAUCUGAAAAACAUAUAAUACAGAUGAACACUUCGUUGGUGAAAGAAGAGAACAUUGAAAUAAAAAAAGAAAAAAAUAUAGAAAUGGAUUGUGACACUUACAUGCAUUUGGAAUCAAAACCUUUUGUUAAAGAUGAAUUACGAUCUAUUAAAAAUGAAUUUAUCAACAAUCAAAAGGAUAAGAGUAAAGAAGAGUACAUUAUUAAAAAGGAAGAAAAUUCAAACAUAGAAAAGGGUACAGUUGAGAUAAUCGAUCAGAAUGAAGGUGAUACAGAAAUGGAAGAUUUCAGCUCUCCAAUUGCUGUUAUGGAAUCAGAUGCAAUUUUAAAGCAACGAGUAGCUGAAAUGAGACUUGAAUAUGGAGGUGGUAUAAAUGAGAUAGUUAAAGUUGAAGAUGAUAAAUGUGAUGAUAAAAGAUCUGAGGAUACAAAAUGUGAAAUAAAAUCCGACGAUAACAUGUCAAUUGAUGAAUUUGAUGUUGAAGCUCAGAUGAAAAAAAUUACUGGUGAUGAUGGAAAUGAUUAUAAAGAAAAAGUAGAUACUAGUUCCGAAAAAGAUAAAAGUAUGGAUGGUAUCGAAGGUUUAAUGGAAAGUUCUAAGGAAGAUUCAGAAUCUGAGGAUAAAGAAAUGGACGAUGUAAAAUAUGAACCAUCAUUCAAAUCAUUUAAUUUAAAUCAUGAAGAAAAAUUGUUUAAAGAAUUUGAAAGCAAAUCUGAUCCUGAUCCUGAUCCUGAUCCUGAUCCUAAUCCCGAUCCUGAUCCCGAUCCCGAUCCUGAACCUGAUCCCGAUCCCGAUCCUGAACCUGAUCCUGAUCCCGAUCCUGAACCUGAUCCCGAUCCCGAUCCUGAUCCUGAUCCUGAUCCCGAUCCCGAUCCUGAUCCCGAUCCUGAUCUUGAUCCUGAUCUUGAUCCUGAUCUUGAUCCUGAUCCUGAUCCUGAUCCUUCAAUGGAGAAUAGUAUUAAAGAAAUUGAACAGAUUCAGGAAUCUCAGAAAAUAGAACAGCCGUCCACAUUUGUUACAUCAUCAGAAGAAUCCAUUUUUGAAUCUGCAUCCUCUAAUAUAGAUACAGAAUCUAUUGUAGAACCACCAAAGAUUUUUCAUUCCAUUCCACCAUUAAGUGAACGUAUUCGUAAAAAAACAGAAACUACAAAUGCUUCAAAAAGUCAAUUAAAUUUUGAAGCAGCUAUAAUCGAAUCCACCAUUAACAUGGAGACAGAAGAUGAAUCGAAAAAUGGUGAAGAAAAGUCUAUGCUUUCAACGGCUUUAAGAGAAUUGCUGGAAGCCAAAUUGGAUGAUCUGACACCUAAUGAUGUUAAAGAAGAAAUAACUAACACCGAAGAAAAUAAUAUUACGUAUAUCGAAUCAAAAUCUGAGAAUUCGGAACAAAAUAUAGAAAUACAAGAAUCUGUAUUAAAAUCUUCUCAAAAUAUUCAUAAUGUUGAAGAAAUUCCAGUAAAAGAAGAAGAAGUUCCACCUAAAGAAAUCAAACGAUUAAAGGAUCCGAGAACCGUUGUUCCAAAUAGUAUGCCAGCUCCUACAUUUAAACCUGAAACAAUUCCUCCUGUUAAACGAAAGUUAUCCAUAUCAGAAUAUCGUAAACGGAAACAACAAUCAUCUGGAACACCUCCAGAACCUGAACCAUCGAGUGAUUCUACAACAGAUAAAAGCGGAGCUAGAGGUAGAUCAGACAGUGCAAGCAGCGGAACUUCAUCACUUAGCUCUGAUGAAGAAGGUUCAAAAAUCUCAUUAUCUCUCGAUAUACCAACCUUAACCACAUUACCGCUUUUCAAUAAUGCGGAAGGAGAAGAAAAAAAAGGUGGUGAGGAGGGAACAAUUGGUUGGUCUGCAGCACCAACUUUAGUUGAACGUCAAAGAGAAAAUCUUACAGAAAGAUUAAAACGAGAAUUUGGAUUAUUUCUUAGCGACGACGAAGAAGAAAGAGCUCGUAAACACGGUCUAACAGCAGAGGCAAUAUUAAAAGCACGAAAAGCGUCUCCACCUCAUCCCAAUGUAUCAAAUACUCCACCAGGUUAUCCGCUACCGCAAUUGCCUCCUCAGCCUUAUAUUCCUCCUCCAGGAUCCGCACCCAUUCAUUAUCCUCAAUUCCAAGCUAAACCUUGUUCCGUUCAAUAUCCAAACUUCACAGUCCCACAGAAUACUUCACAACCAGUCUAUGCGAAUGCUACGCCUCAGACCUCUGCAAACAAGCAGGCACAACAAUUCUUAAUACCUCAAGCGUCACAAGCACCGCCGGGCUCAAAUCCAUAUCCUCCUCAAUUUAUUCCACCAUCUACCACUGCAGUAUCGAUCUCCAAGUAUACAUCUGUGACUCCGCCAUCUGGAAAUCAAAUAUAUCCUGCAACUGGCCAAUCACAAAAGCAAUUUUACAAUCAUCCGGCACCAAGAUCUUAACCCACAUAAAAGGUAGUGCUAUCGAAAAGUUAUUAGUUGGGAAAUUUUUAUUACACUUGGCCGGAUUAUGAAUUAAAUCAUUAAUUCAUAACAGCAGAAUAAACACCAGAUUUAUGGCUGGUUGCUUAAUUCCAUUAGAUUAAAAUGUUAAGUUAUCCUUUGUAGUUUAAAAUGAAAGGAAGUAAAACAAGAUAUUUUGAGUGUGGAACAGAAAAUAAAUUCACGAUCUUUUCUUUCUUAUGUCGUUCGUGUUAUAGCAAAAUGGUAUUUAGAUUAUAUAUGACAAAAUGAUAAUUCAUGCACACGAUUGGCAUGUGAGAAGAGAUUCGUGAUACCAGGUGCUACACUGUUCUCGCUUAUAUAAAAAACAUUAUGCGUACACCGUUGACUGCGAAGGAAGAAACAUAAGAAAUAUUAAUGCUUCUGAUGGUUUCGGAGACGCACUCGAUGGAAUUCGCGUGGCCUAAAAUGACAAUUAAGUAUUUUGAACUGGAAAAGAAACAGAGAAAAAUGAAAGAAAACAAAACGUAGUGUUCUUGUGUAUUAUGUAUAAUGACCGUGUUUAAGAAAAUUAUUGGCAUCUAAGUACUAUGGCCAAAAGUGUAUUGAACAUUGUACACUUUUAAUAUCGGUGAAAUGGUGCCCUAAAAAACAUUUAUAUAUAGCAUUAGUCCAAUUUUGACGAAACUAUAACAAAGUUGGAAUUAAUCCGAAAUAAUAAUGGUGAUAUACGUUGUUUCGGAAGCUCUACAGUUAUAUAUAUUAUAUAUGUAUACACAAAUACACAGAAACAGAUACACAAACGUGCAUACUUACAUUGUAAUACGAUUUUUCUGUAAAUAUCAUUUGCAUAUAUGCAUAAUAUAACGAUAUUAAAAUGUACAUUUAACUUUAGUUAAGGAUAGAAGGAGAGAUACAGAAAAAGUUAAAACACUGUGCUGUGAGUUGCAAUUUUUAUUUUUAUUUUUUUAUGUUUUUUAUUUGAUUUCUUUUUUUUCUUUUUCUUUUCUUUUUCUUUUCUUUUUUAAAAAAAAGAACAAAAAAAGAAAAGAGUAUCGGCAUGAUCGGAAUCUUAAAGAAAAAAAAAAAAUAACUUCAUAAAAGAAAGAUUUCAUAGAAUUCAAAUAACAAAAUCACUGCACAGUGACAGAUUCAUUAUCGAAAAUUGGAAUUACCGCUUUUCGAUUCCAUCGUGAUGAUGAACAUCGAUUUCAUGGGAAGAAAAUAAGCCUAUUUAGGCUAAAAUUGUACAGUUGAAAAGAGAAAAUGUAAAUCUAGACUGAAUUUCCCAGGUAUCGAUUUCAUCGCUCUGUACCUCCUGCUAAGAGUCUGACACAUCUUUUCUUUUAAGAAUUGUUUUUUUGCGCUCAAAUUUUCAAAUUUCCCUUCAUUGUUUUUUCCUAAACACGAUCGAUAGUACAACAUGAUUUUAGUUGAUAUUGAGAGGCGUCUCCGCGACAAAUAUUUUUUAUUUGACGAUCCUUGGAAAUCCUGAAACUAAACAUUCAUUCUGAAGUACAAAGCUCUUUAAGAGGCGAUAUAGAGAAAGAAUGUAUUAAAAGAGAGAAAGAGAGGGAGAGAGAGGGAGGGAGAGAGA